AUGGACCGACUUGUGAAUGUGCUUAUCCUUUUCAUGAGCUUGGGAUUGAAAGCCGACAGUUUGCAUGAUCGGGGCAUGGCCUACGGAUUUGACAAUCUUGAACCAUCAGCCAACCUCACAUGGACACCAUGUUUCGAUGCCUUUAAUUGCUCUAGACUGGAAGUUCCUUUGGAUUAUUCAAACAGAAGUCUUGGCACGACGUCGAUUGCCUUCAUCAAGCUGGCUGGCAAAAAUGCCACCGUCGAGUCUCCAAGCAUUGUACUCAACCCCGGCGGUCCGGGUGGUUCUGGUGUCGACCUACUCCUCACAUACCAGAAUCUCCUCGGGCAGAUGUUUGGAGAGCAGUACAACUUCGUCUCCUUUGACCCUCGCGGUGUGAACAACAGUGGCUUGCAUCUCGACUGCUUCUCGGGGGACGCAAAAGCAAGAUCGGCUUUCUAUCGACUGCACAGAACAGGCGCCACCAAUAUCUCAUCAACAUCGCUUGAGGAACAGUACUAUUCAAGCUCUAUCUACGGCGAGUGGUGCAACAAUGCUGUCGAGAACAAGUCACCCUAUUCAUAUUAUGUGACUACGCCAGCAGUUGCCCAUGAUUUGCUCACAUUUACCGAAGCCGAGGCUGAGUUGGCCGGUCAGUCACCAUCAAACGCCAAAUUGUGGUGCUAUAGCGUCAGUUACGGUACUGUCAUCGGCAGCACUUUCGCUUCCCUGUUUCCUGACCGCGUUGGGAGAAUGAUACUCGAUGGUGUUCUGAACGCAGAGCAAUAUUAUAAUAACUAUUGGACGGACAAUGUUGAUCAAAUGGACGAGGCCAUGGAAACAUUCUCGACCUUCUGCUAUUCUGCAGGGCCUGAAAAGUGCACAUUUUGGGGACCCACACCGGCUAACAUCACGGCAAGAAUGGAUGGCAUCAUCCGUCAGCUUCAGAACCAUCCAGUCCCGCUAAGCGGCGUCGGAGAUCCAGACCUGCCGACAAUGGUCACCUAUUCAGACCUGAAGGCUCUUUUUCUUAACACACUCUACAUCCCACUGGCAAGGUUUCCAAGCAUGGCCGACAUCCUACACCAGGCCGAGUGUGGGAAUGUGUCUGCUCUUGCGGGCAUGUAUGACCAGUCAAACUCUAUAACCGAUGCCCGUCUCGCCAUUACAUGCACCGAUUCGUAUCGGAGGAACAGGCUUACUACCAUAGAAGAGUUCAAGAGUUGGGCGAAGUACACGAUUUUCAAGAGCAAAUACAUCGGUGAUAUCUACCCCAUCUUCCUGGAAGUCAACACUCCUUUGUCUCUUUCUCUUUUUCGGCAUUCUAUAAAUAUCGUCUUCGGCAAAAUGGGUGACCAUCUGCAUUGGAAACAAAAUCUAACCAGGUUUGAUGCAGACGAAAUAAGUGCACUAAACAUGCCUACGUCCUUCCCGAUUCUCUUUGCGAGUAAUACCAUCGACCCUAUCACGCCGUUGGAAUCGGCGCGCAAGAUGUCUUCUCGGUUUGCCGGAUCGGUACUUUUAAUGCAAGAAGCCGUUGGUCAUACGGUCAUCGACCAGGGGGCGUCAAACUGUUACUUUGGACAUAUUCAGGCAUACCUCCAAGGCACAGUUCCAUCGUCCAACACUAUAUGCCCCCGACAGUACAUUCCUUUCAUAGAUGCCCCCCCUCUUUAA